AUGCCGAGCGUCGAAUACGAUCAGUGCAAGCGCUCAAACUAUUCGCUGAAUCAUCAAUUUUUGGAUACUGAUUUCUUGGACAGUGCAUGUGCCAACGAUUUCACAAUUCUCCCUGCUAUUUCUGAUUCGGAUGCACAAUUACUUAAUUUACGGAUGCCGGAAGCUGUUGACUACUUGAGUUCCACAUUAGAGAGUGAGCAGUACUUCAACUGUUGGAAGGCCAUAACUAACAACCGAUUUAUGAAACCUUAUGAUCUGUCUAAUAUGAGGAACCUUCGAGAUGCCAGCUACUUUGAACCAGUUGAUGAUGUCAUGCUUUUAAUGCCAAGCACAUCAAGUCCAAGGCUUGAAAACGCAUGUUGGAGGGCUUGGUACAAAUCCUUCCGUCACUUGAAAGAGCUGGAUCCUGCCAAAAUCAACUGGAUGAAGAUUAACGAUGUUACUUCGUUGUAUGGCCCAGUUGUUGAUGGCAAAUCUAUUGGCAAGAGUGAUGAUAUUCUUUCUAGUGAUUCCCAAUCUUGCAUGUCUUGUGAAUGUUCCAGUGACAACGAAUCUACACAUGAAGUCCAGGAAUACAGUCCAUUUGGAAGUGAAGAGGAUGACUCUCUAUUCGAGUUCUGUCAAUACGAUCUAUCAUCUCUAGAAAUAACGCAUUCAACUUCUUCAGUUGCCACCACGGUAUCGUCAUCAUUUGAUCGGACGUAUCCUAGAUUGGAAAGAAAGGCCACAAAGUCUAUUCUCAAGAAGAAUACUCGUGGCUUUUUGUCUCGCUUUAAGCAGGACAAGCAGACGAAAACCCACAAAAGGAUUUCCUUCUGUCCAACGGUCAAGGUCGGUGUAUACACCAAAUAA